AUGAAGUUCUCCGUUGCUGCUCUUGCUUUCGCCGCUGGCGCCUCUGCUUCCUACCCGGUUGCUCCCGUCUCCAGCGCCAGUGCCAGCGAGUCCGCUGCCUACCCCGUCUCCAGUGCCAGCGCUAGCGAGUCUGCUCCCGCUUCGUACCCGGCUUCCACCGGCACUCCCAUCACCACGCUCCCCGUCAGCUCUUCAGCUCCUGCCUCUUACCCGGCUAUCAGCUCUUCGGUCUCGGUCUCUGCCCCUGCUUCUUACCCGGCCGGUAACGCUACCUCCGCUACGUCGUACACCACCGAGGUCGUUACCUCGUACGAGACUUACUGCCCCGGCCCCACUCAGAUCACCUACGGCACCAACACCUACACUGUCACUGAGGCCACCACCUUGACCAUCACUGACUGCCCUUGCACCAUCAGCAAGCCUAUCUACACUACCUCGUCAGUUUCCUGCGCUACUUGUGCUCCCGCCAGCAGUGGCCCGGCUCCUCCUACUUACCCUACCACGGUCCCGGCUCCCCCCAGCUACCCUAACAGCACCGCCCCCGUCAACACCCCCACCCAGGCUUACCCCACUGGUGGUGCUCCCGGUGCUUCCACCCCGGCUACCCCUAUCCCCACUGCGGGUGCCGGUAAGGCUGCUGCCCUCUCCGGAGCUGGCCUCGCUGGUCUUCUCGGUCUUGCCGCUGCUCUUCUAUAA